GAGCUGCCAAAUUAUUGUUUUAAAUGUUAUCAUAUUUUUGAAAUUCAAAACAACCUUUCGGAGGGACCGUUCGUGUUUUCCUUUAUGUCUCCUUCAUAACCAUAAAAUUAUCAGAUAAAGAAAACGAUGAAGUUGACGGCGACAAGAUAUGGCGUAAAGGCACUUUUCAUAUUAUUCUUUUGUGCUGUACAGCAUGGACUCGUGGAGGCUAAAGCCAUCAAGAAAUCAAAACAUGCCGUUCACAAAAGUGGAAGCAAGAAAUACAAUGCCCCAAAGGGUGAAUUUUGUGUCAACCAUUCCUACUGCUCCAAAUACAGUGAUCUUGAUUGCGCUUCAGAAUGGGUUCAGCUGAACUGUCCCAGAAUGUGCAGACUCUGUGAAUAUGAAGGACCUGAAUUAAUGAAGCUUCCUGCCGUCUUGUAUUACAAGAAAGGAGACAAAAAGCAUGGAAUAAGUGGAUCGAAACACAAGAAUAAACACUCUGCCAAACACAUAGACAAACGAGAUGAUGGCGAUAGACGUGAUGUCGUUUUCCUUAGACAUCCAAAUGACUAUUCACCAACCAAACAGCCCGACGUUGUCCCGACAACCAGCUACAAGCUUUUUGACUACCAGAGCAAUUACAGGAAAUGGUUAUUCCUUUACCCGGACGAGCAUCCUGUUCAUAUGCAGUACGUUGACGAGGGAAAAGCUGCCGACCCUUAUCAGCAAAACACGGCUCAGCAGACAGCUCCUGGCGCCCAGGAUGCCGCUCCUGCUGGACAGGCUGCUGCUCCAGCUUCUGCUGUUGCUACCCCUGCCGUUGGUGCUGCGCCUGUGGCUGCUCCUGCUGCCGGCAUCUCCCCUGCAGCUGCCUCAACCACCGCUUCUGCAGCUGCGCCCGCAGCUGUUCCUGCUGCUGGUACAUCUGCAGCUGCUCCGACCGCAGGUGCAACACCAGGUGUUGCUCCUGUAGCGGCUGAAACACCUGCUCCCGCAGUUGCCUCCGCUGUGCCUAAUGCUGGUGCACCUGCAGCACCUAACCCAGCAGUUCCCCAAGUAGGACAGGCUGCUGCGGCUGUUCAGCAGCCUGCUGCACCAAUUGCAGCUCAGCAACUUGUCGCCGCGCAACAGCCAGCUGCAAAUGAAACCAUCCAAGUAAUCAAUCAAACAGUUUCACUUGCUUCUAACACAACAGGCUUUGUACCAUCGGUGGCAAACGUGAGCCAACCAAACCAGACCAUCAUGGCUGGAGCAUUUACUGCGGGAAAUACGACCUCGAACGAGACCAUUGCUACAGGUAACAUCACCUCAUUAAAUCAGUCUCAACCAUGGAUAGAGCCACUUUCACAGAAUUCAACACUGUCACAAAACACGUCAUUGUCAGAGAAUUCUUCAUUAUCAAAAAAUUUGACGCAAUCAUCAGCACUCGCACAAAAUCAAACUAGUCCACAAUUACAAAAUACAUCAUCACCAAACGCAUUGGCCAUAUCAGCGCUUCUGAAAGACAAAACAUCCACAGAGGAAACACUUGAAUCGCCGAAUGCUUCACCACUGUCACCAUUCCACUUAUCAGAAGAAGAGGUAACUUCACAACACAAACUUCAUCUUGUCAACUCGGAUAAGUCGAGUAAAAUGCAAGGAAAUUUUAGCCCUAAUGCUGCAAGUGUUACUUUGUCUGGUCCAGGUACUUUAGAUCUGACGUCUACUGGACAGUCCUUUACUCAGGAUGUCAUUGUAGACCCACAACAGGCGGAUUCUGACAAUGCCGCUGAUUACCCGUGGACGUGUUGCAAGAAACAGCCGAGACCAGAAGGUUGCAAGAAGUGCCCUGAUAUGCCAAAGGCUCCACCAUUGACCCACAUAUUCGGCGUUUAUUGCAAUGACUUGUACAAAGACUGUGCCUAUGGAUACUCAAACUGCAACGACACCUGGUGGCAGAUCAAUUGUCCCAAGAGAUGCAACCUUUGCAAAACCGAGGAUGCGCAGAGCCGCACUGAAGCCACUCAGACCAAAGAGAUUUAUCCAUCUGAGGUGAACGAUCUUAAGGAGAACGCCACCCUGGAGUCGGAUCUGGUUGCACCAGCCCCCGGAGUCAAGCCCCUUGUGGCCAAAUACACUCUCAGAGUGAAGCCUAAGCUACUUAACGGCGUGCCACAGACACAAGAGAUCCGCAUCAUGCCUCCAAACAAGGCUGGGGUCGAAGGAUACGUAAAACCACUUAUGGUGCUGAAGCAAAAUAUAACUAAGCCUAUGAUUGAGAAUAUUGAGAUCGACAUCCCACCAAAGGGUGCCAAAUUUAGUUCCAAGCCAAGUGUGGAGGUCAUUGAAGGAGAUCAUACAGAGAUGUUACAAGUAAGCAAGGGACAGGCCAUAGUAGAGGAUCCCGUGCAGAAGUCUCAGACGGAGCCUGAAGGGUCAAAGCCCGAAAAAGAGGCAACUGAUGUAACUGCAAGCAACCAGACUGAAUCCUCCCCAGUAACAAAAGAAGCUUCAAACAACGCCACCCAAGAUCAAACAAACUCAGAGAGUCAGUCUCCAUUAGACAACCAAGCUGCAACAUCGGCUGACCAGGCAGACCAAGUCCAAGCCACCACAACAGCCCAAGCCACCGCUGCAGCUCCUGAAGCUGCUACUGCUACCACAUCAACCCAAACCGAUGCCACCAGCGCUGCAACUACUCAGGCCGAUACAUCAGCUGCUCAAGCUGCUGCCUAUACCAGCACCCAAACUUGUACUGAUGAUGGCAGAUGUGCACCAUACACCGCUGAUCGUUGUGCAGAUCCGUGGUUGAGAGAAAACUGCAAGAGCUUGUGCAAACUAUGUUAAAUACUUAAAAGGUUUUGGACGUGACUGCAGCUGUAGAUAAAAAAACUCUUAGGGCUUCAAGUCAGCUGAUGGCGUUACUUCACUUUAUGGCUUUGCCUUGUGGUUUUCAUUACUGAUUUAGCAGUAGAUUAGAAUCGACCUUAAUUUGGAAUUAGUAUAACUAACUUUGAUCUCUUUUGUGCACAAGGCUAUUUGUAAUGUGCAGCUUGCUGUUCUCAGUUCAGUUAGGGAAAAUCGAGUCAUCAGUAUUGUUUUAAAAUCGUCUAGGUGCGGUGUUAUAUUCAAUUAUUAGAUUACUUAAUUAAAUCACAGGUUUUUUUCCAGAGACGUGAAUCAGUGGUGAGAGGUCAUCGUGAAUCAAACAUAUAGCUAUUCUAUGAAUACAAAUGCCAUCUUUUGGAUUACUAAAUUCUAUUUUGCUUGUGAAGUGCAUGUUUAUUCUUUAAAUAAAAAUCGUCAUAAAUGAACGUA